AUGACCUUCCUGGUGCCUGCGCUCAUGGGAGUGACCCACAAGGCAUCUCCAGCUGCUUCUUCCGGGGCUGCUCCCGCCGCUGGAGUAGUUCCAGUGCCUGGCGUUGGAGUGGAGACUUGGACCGAGACCAGCAGUGCUCCGACGACCCCGAAGGCGACCAGCAUCGCCGACCAAAAUCGGCUGGAUCUGGAGCUCUCGUUCCAGCUGGACUGGCUGGGCGCGUCCCCGAGCGAGAGGCAAGACCUGGAAGACAAGCUUCGGUCGGCCAUCGCCCGGAAAGCAAAGGUUCCGCCGGAAUAUGUGCGGGUGGCCGUGCCGGAAGCCGCCGGCAAGGUGGAGGCGAAGGUGGUGCCUCCCCCGGGCGCCACGCCCGGGGAUCUCAAGGCGCAGCUCGCGGAGCUGGGGCCCACGCUGGCGCAGGCCGCAGCCGCGGCCUCUGCCACGGUGUCCGGGCUGGAGGUGAUGUUUGUGCCCGCGCGGCACGAGGGGAUUCGGCGCUUUGCCACGAAUCCGAGCACAACCACCACUACCACCACUACCACCACGACCACGACCACCACGACCACCACGACUAGCACUACACGUAUCACCUCCGCAAGCACCACUGGGGAGAUCCCAACUUUGGAGCCUUCCGCGAGUGUGGGCGGCGCCGCCAUGAUGUUUGUGGUGGCGGUUCAGAUGAACUUCGAGGACCUGGAUGCCUUCGAUGAGCCCAAGUACCUCGAGGCCUUCGCGAGAACCGUCCGCCUGCCCAGGAACAGCGUCACAGUUGUGCAGACGGAGUACCGCACUGAGGCGACCUACGUGGUGCCGCGGCUGCUGAAAGCGGAGCAGCUGCGAAGAAGCUUAGCGCAGGCGCUGGGGGUUCCCCUCUUCGCGGUGGAGGUGACCAGACCGGGCCGCCGCCUGCAGGCGGGGUCCUCGGGCGCCGCCUUCCGCGCCGCGGUGACCACGGAGGACGCGACGCGCGCAGCGCGCUUCGCGGCGGUGCUGGGGCAGCCGGGCGAGGUGGUGAACGCCAUGCGCCGCGCGGGCCUGGCGGCGCUGCCGCUGGAGCUGCAGGGGGCGCCCUGGGCAUCCGUAGUUCUCCACACGGAGUUAGCACUGCCGCCUGAGAAAGGGGAGCCGGCGGUGCGGGGCCUGUCCAAAGAGCUUAGCCGGCAGCUGGGGGUAGACGUCACCGCAGAUGUGCUGGGAGUGCGGCAGGUACAGGAGCAAGAGCUGCUGGGCGCCCCCCAUGGGCCAGCGGCCGCCUGGACGCCGUCCCCGGCGCCGCCUGUUGUGUCCACAGCGGCGCCGUCCCCGGCGCCUUCGCAGCCGGCGCCGUCCAGGGCGACGUUUGCGGAGGGCGAAGCCGGGCGGCUGCCACUGCAGGCGGCAAAGGUCCGCCACAACAACCUCGGGGGCGCGCGCGCGGGGCGGGGGCCGCUUGAGCUGCGGUACGGCGGGGUGGGUUCCGCGGAGGGUGUCCCGCUGGACGUCGUGCUGCGGGUCAUGGGCGGCACGUACCAACCCGCCAUCAACGGCCUCACCGGGGGGCAGGGCCAUCACUUCGCGGCCUCGGUGAAUGUUGCCGCCGGCACGUCCGUGGAUCUGCAGAUCAGCUUAGUCUCGAGUCAGGCGCCGUCGGCGAAAGUGCGGCGCAUCUACUUGCAGGUCUUCGACAUCGAGGACCCGCGGCCGAUGCUUUCUGAGAGGGAGGUGGCGGUGAAGCAUUGCGAGGCGGUGCUUUGGCCCAACGGCACUCGGAACGUCCAGCCUAUGGAGGAGCUCUGGCUGCCCAAAGGCGCGGCGCCGCUGGUGGCCUUUGGAGGGCCUCAGGCGGAGCUCAGGUUGCGGCCCGGCGAGGCGCCAGGGAAUGCCUUGGGCUCCCUGUGGGCGGGCCGGACCUUCUUCAUUGCAGUGAGCUCCCCGCAAGUGGAGCCCAGCGAGGAGCGUCCACGGCCCUCGCGCGCCAAAGGCGCCAGACCCUCCUCCCAGGGGCCGGACCUUGGCUUCCACCUGGCCCUGAGCGAUCAGCAGGCGGUCUUCAACAACCUCGGGGGCCAGGGCCCGGGGCACUUGGACGAGAAGCCGCAGCUCACCUUCCAGCGGGUGGGGCGGAUGCAGCGCGGAGCUGGUGAGGCGCCGGGAGCUGUGCUGGACCUGGUGGUCUCCGCCUCUGCGGGCUACCGGCCCCACCGGGCGGAGGCCAACGGCGCCGUCCGGGGCAACGUGGCCGUGAGCGUGGCCUCCGGAAGCUCCGCGGAGCUGCGGCUGGGCUUGGUCACCGAAGCGGGCCACCGGCAGGCUGUCGUCAAAGUGCCCAAGUUGUACCUCUCUGUGUUCGACACGGAGGAGCCGAGGCGGCUCUCCUGCAGCGCCUCUGUGAGGGACUUCCAGGCCGUUCUCUUCGCCAACGGCAGCGUGGCGGACGGCUUCUCCUUGUCCUCCCCGCAGGGCUGGGCGCUGCCGUUGGGUGCCCCGGCCACCUUGGCCUUCGGCGACACCUCGGAGAUCCAGGUGACGCUAGAGGCACCGCCAGGUGGGUGCACCUUUUACCUUUCGCUGCACUCACCCGACCUGGAGGCUGCGCCCGAGCGCGAGAUUGCCCACCCAGGGCCGCCGCUGCGGCUGUCCCACCGCCCCAAAAGCGGCGGCGCCGCCGCCUUCGGCGCCGCCGCCGCCUUCGGCGCCGCGGCUUCCGCCGCGGCGUCCGCCGGGUGGAAGCUGCGGCGGCGCGCGGGCGCCAGCCCGGACCACUACAGUUUGCUGGGCCUGUCGCGGGACGCGGAUGCUGCGGAGAUCCGUGAAAGCUACGAGAACGCCCGGCGCCUGGCUGAGGGCCUGGGCAACCGGCCGCGCGGCGAGCUGCUGAGGUCACUGGAGGAAGCUUUCCAAGUGCUCUCCCAUGAGGACCUGCGUGCCCAGUACGACGCCGACGGCGCAGCGGCGGCGGCGGCUUCGCCAACGCCGCGGGGGCAGCUGGCGGCGGAGGCCAACGUGGUACCCGGGAGUCAGAAGGUCUAUUUGAAGACCUUCGGCUGUCAGCACAACCAGUCUGACGGGGAGUACAUGAUGGGCCAGCUCUCUGCGCACGGCUACACCCUGGUGCCGUCGUUGGCCCAGGCGGACGUCUGCGUGGUGAACUCCUGCACGGUGAAGAACCCCUCGGAGAGCCGAGGGCUGCACUUGGUGAACACGGCCAGACAGCUGCAAAAGCAGGUGGUGCUGGCUGGAUGUGUGCCCUCGGGGGACACGACCUUGGCCAAGAAGCUGCCUGAGGUGUCGAUGCUCCACGUGACGCAGCUGGACCGUAUCGUGGAUGUGGUGGAGGAGGCGAGCAAAGGCCGCGUGGUCACGCUACUGGAGAAGAAGCGCAAGGACCUGCCGGCCUUGGAUCUGCCCAAAGUGCGGCAAGACCGCCUCACGGAGAUUCUCACCAUCAACGCGGGCUGCCUGAACUUUUGCACCUACUGCAAGACGCGGAUGGCCCGCGGUGUGGUGAAGAGCUACCCGGUGCAGCAGAUCGUGGACCGGGCCUUGCAGGCGGCGGAGGAGGGGGUGUGCCAUCUGGAGCUGGCCUCAGAGGACAUGGGCGCCUACGGGGCGGACCUGGGCACCGACAUCGGCGAGCUGCUGCUGCGUUUGUCUGACGCCCUGGCGGACAAGAAGGUCAUGAUUCGCACGGGCAUGACGAACCCCCCCUUCGUGCUGAAGCACCUGGAUCGCGUCAUCGAGGCGCUUCAGCGGCCGAACGUCUACAGCUUCAUGCACGUGCCGGUGCAGUCUGGCUCGGAUCGGGUUCUCAAGGACAUGAAGCGGCAGUACACCGUGUCGGAGUUUCUGCACUUGGUGGACCGUUUGCGGUCGGCGAUCCCGGACAUCUAUCUGCUGACGGAUGUCAUCUGUGGCUUUCCCACAGAGACGGAGGAGGAUUGGCAGCAGACGCUGGAUUUGGUGCGGCGCGUGCGGUUCCACGGCGUCUACUCCUCCCGGUUCUUUGCGCGGCAGGGCACCAAGGCGGCGGAGAUGGCGCAGCUGCCGCACCCGGUGACCAAGCAGCGGUACCAGGAGCUGUGCGCGUUGGACGCCCUGAACGACCGCAAUGCGCCGCUGCUCAGCCGCACGGAGCGGGUGUGGUUCGCCGGCACCGACGAGCUGCGGGACCAGACGCUGGGCAGGACCAAGGCCUUUGCCAAGGUCCUGGUGGCGCGGGACGAUGAUCUGCUGGGCCAAAGUGCCCUGGUAAAGAUCACCGGAACUUCGGUGAAGCACGUGGAGGGAGUGGUGCAGCGCGCUCAAAGCGCGGCGCACGCGCCGGCCUUUGGGACCCAGGCGGCGCCGGUCUUCGGGCCCCGGCUGGUGCUGAGCCGCGAGAACGUCCACCAAAGCUCGAGCCAGCUCCGCUUCGUCCGCGCGGCGGAGCUUUCGGGGGCGGCGCUGGAUGUGGUCCUUCAGCUCCAGAACUUCCACCCGCGGCUCCGGCCCUUGACCGCCGUCUUCGGCACCCAGCCGGCGGCGCCCAUCAACGUUGCGCUGGGCAGCUCGGUCCACGUGCGGAUUCGCUUUCUGUCAAAGGAGGACGUGCCAAUAUCCUUGGGGCGGCUCUUCCUGACGGUGUACGAUGUGGAGGAGCCUUUCCUGGGCGUCGGCGCAGAGGGGGAGAUCAAGGUGGAGGAGUUUCAGGCGGUCUCUUGGCCCAACGGCACUCGCGCAGCCCGCGCGGAGCUCUCACAGGGCUGGACUCCCGCGGUGGGCCCGGCGCCCAGCUUCGACUUCAGCUCGGCGCAGGAGAUCUCUCUGACGCUGACGGCGCGUCAAGCGCCAGGCAGCGCGGUCUUUGGGCACUGGCAGGGCCGGACCUUCUUCUUGGCCUUGCGCUCGCCCGAGGAAAACCCCUUGGCCCCGGAGACGGUUGGGGUCGCCUUCCUAUGGCCAGCGCUCCCUUGCCGCGCGCCGGACAUCUGCAUACUCCGCAUGCCGCGCAACUAG